CACGGAGCUGAGAGAUGUUACAACGCUAAAUUGCGGCAAGAUGCGCUGGUAUUGUCAGACCAAGACGUUCAUACAUACUGAGUAUUAUUUCGUAUGCCGUAUUACCGAGUAAGUAGUAUCUAGAAGCUUAUCCUAAUGGUCACUGAGAACAGGAUAAUGACACACAGCAUUAUCUACCUACCUACCUGAUUAGGAGAUUGGCUCUUAAGGGAGGUUGUAUUACUAGGCCAUAAUCGAUGAGCUGAUUUCCUAUUGUAGUUAUCGUCCGUUGGAGAAACAACCCCUGCCAUAGAUAAUUGCUUUACAUACCUAGGUUAGUGGAUAGUAGGCGAUCUCCUAUUAUAAACCUCCUUCGUUUGCACAUUUCUUGUCCCUUUCCUCGUAGUGCCUUUGCUUCGCGAUAAUCCGAGCACGCCUCUCCCCUACGCCAUGUUUUCUUUUACGCGACCAUUGCUGCUCGUGACCGCGGCUUGUCACGGGUUAGGUCAGUUCGUUGCGCCGCCAACCACGCUUAAAGAAGUCGUCGGCCAUGCUGGGAUUCCCGUUCGGUACAAGGAAGUUCCUGUCGGCACUUGCGAGCUGGAUCCUAAUGUGAAGAGUUAUUCGGGUUAUGCCGACGUCGGAGAGAACGAGCACAUUUUCUGGUGGUUCUUCGAGGCCCGUAACCAAGACCCAACAGAGGCGCCGCUGACGGUUUGGAUUAAUGGCGGGCCCGGCUCAAGUUCCAUGAUUGGCUUGUUUGAGGAGCUCGGCCCGUGUGGUGUUGAUUACUACGGCAACGUGUACAACAACCCGUACUCCUGGUCGAAUGUGAGCAACAUGCUCUUCAUUGACCAACCGACUCAAGUUGGCUUUUCCUACUCCAAGCCGGUAAAUGCAUGGCAGUCCCAGGGCAACAUCGUAACGCUGCCGGAUGACACAUGCCCGGACUAUGCAGCUGGCUCGUGCGCCACCUAUUCUUAUCCUAACAUCACCUUGACUGCCAAUUCGACUACUAAUGCUGCGCCCAACUUUUGGAAAACCCUGCAAGGGUUUAUGGGAGCUUUCCCGGACUACUCACGCAGCGGGUUUCAUUUCGCGACGGAGAGUUACGGCGGGCAUUACGGACCCGUAUUCAACGCGUAUAUCGAGAAGCAAAAUGAAAAGAAUAUCCCGGGCGCAAAAAAAAUCCUGUUGGAGACGGUGUUGAUAGGGAAUGGAUGGUUUGACCCUGUUCUGCAGUACCAGGCUUACUACAACUUCACCGUCUAUCCUGGCAACACAUACGACUACGCCCCCUUCAAUGCGUCCUCGGAAGCCAUGUUCUACAACAAUUUGUAUGGGCCCGGGAAUUGUCUUGAUCGGUUGAACGACUGCAAGGCUACGGGGAGGAAUGAGAUAUGCAAGAACGCCGAUAACUUCUGUGCAUACAUGGUCGAGUCCGUGUAUGACGAUGUGCUUGGCCGAGACGAGUACGAUAUGCGGGAGCUCGUACCUGACCCGUUUCCCUACGGAUUCUAUACCGACUACCUUAACACGCCAGAAUUUCAAGCCGCGAUCGGUGCAUUCACCAAUUUCUCGAGCAAUGGAGCUGUAGGUGAGGCAUUCGACAACACCGGCGACGACAGCCGGGAGAUGGGCACCAUCGAAGAUAUCCGCUACCUGCUCUCCAAGGGCAUCACAGUGGCGAUCUAUGCCGGCGAUGCGGACUACAACUGCAACUGGCUCGGCGGCCAGGCCGUGGCAGAAGAAAUCAACGCGCCGGGCUUCUCGCAAGCCGGCUUCGUGGACCUCGUGACAAGCGACAACAUCACCCACGGCCAGGUGAAGCAAGCGGGCAAGUUUUCUUUCCUGAGGGUCUACGAGAGCGGGCACGAAGUGCCUUUCUACCAGCCUCUGGCGUCUCUGGAGUACUUUGAGAGAGCCAUCAAGGGCUUCGAUAUUCAGACUGGCACAAAGCCCGUGGAGAAGGGGUAUAUCACCAGUGGCCCGAAGCAGAGCACAUACCGCCAAGGCAACUCGACAAUGGUCUGGGAGGUGCUUCCGGCUAACACUACGUACGAUGUCGAGACGAAUAUGCCGGGUGGCCCGUGGCAGCAGCAGUCGGUCUUGAUGAAGAGGAGCUUCAAGUCACGUCCCGCGCGCCGGGGGAGAUAGAUUACCGAGUUAGGGCUGUAGAAAGGUUGAUAAAAGCUACUAUGCACGUUGUGUCAAAAAUCCUGGCUACUCAGGUAUUUUAAUUAAUCUGAGAACAAACAUUUAAGUCACGAUUUCCAAUUGCACGCGCCCAAUUACGAGAUGUGAAGUUGCCAGGAG